UGGUCACUUGCCAGCCCCCUCCACCGCAUCUAGGGUCUCGGCUGCCUGAGUCCUUGGGCCGGGCCCCCCUCCCCGGCGCUCUCCGCUUCCGAGGGAGCCAAUUCCCUGGCCGGGCCUCAGGGCUGGGAGGGAGGAAGAGAGGGUCUUCGGGAGGGCUUUGGGGGAGGGGGUCCCGUGGAGGGGUCGGCGCAGCCCGAGGACAGCGGGGCCAUGGAGUCCGGGGAGUCAGGGCAGAUGCUGGUGACAUUCGAUGACAUCACAGUGUAUUUGCUUCAGGAGGAAUGGAUGCUAUUGGGAGAGCAGCAGAAAGAGAUCUGUGGUUCUGACAAGCUGGUGGCACCACUGGGAACCCCCAUCGCCAAUCCGGAGCUAUUCUCUAAGCUUGAAAGAGAGGUAGAGCCAUGGCUGGGAGAUGCCCCGGGCAGGAGGAAACUCUUGAGUCAUCACCUGGGAAAUAAGAAGAGGAGAUCCAUGGGAGAAAUAGACAUACAGGGUCCCACUGGAGAAGUUGGGUUGUAUCUGCCAACACGGAAAAAAGCCUGUGUUUCCCACCUCAGUCACUCAGAAUGUGACAGCAUUGAAGACUAUUCCAUAGGAAAAGCCAAAAAGAUAUUAAGACCGCGUUCCAUCCAGAAGUCUUGGUUUCGGCAGUUUCCGUGGUUGAUCACGAAUGAGGGGCAGACAGCCCUGUUUUGCUCUGCCUGCCGGGAGUACCCGUCUGUUCGGGACAAGAGGUCUAGGUUAAUAGAAGGUUACACGGGACCUUUCAAGGUGGAGACACUCAAGUAUCAUGCAAAGAGCAAAGCCCACAAGUUUUGCGUUAAUGCUUUGGCCUCAAGGGACCCCGUUUGGGCAGCCCGUUUUGAGAGCAUCAGAGAAACGCCUGAGGAUGUGUUGACCAAUGCAGAGCCUCUCUUCAAUGCAGAUUAUCCUGUGCUCUACCCACCAGCAUCCCUGGGCGAUUAUGACAGUUUGGUUGAGCUUUUUCCAAACUCCAGAUCUGAGCCUGGAGACACCACUGAAAAUGGAACAGCAUCAGCUCUCUACUUGGAUUGUAUUUCGGAUGUGAGGCAGAAGGAUGUUGUCAAUGACAUCUGUAGCUCAUCAAGCAUUAAUGUUUUAUUUGAUGACUCCACAGAAUUCUUUUGUCAGGAUCCUUCUGAGGAGGGGCUGUUUCAGGAGGUGCCGGUGGUGUUUGAGGAGCUUCCGGUGGUGUUUGAAGAUGUGGCGGUGUAUUUCACCCGUGAGGAGUGGGCAAUGCUAGACAAGCGGCAGAAGGAGCUAUACAGAGAUGUGAUGCGCAUGAACUACGAGCUGCUGGCUUCAUUAGGACCUGCUGCCGCCAAGCCAGAGCUGAUCUCAAAGCUAGAGCGUCGGGCAGCCCCCUGGAUCAAGGAUCCCAAUGGACCAAAGUGGGGGAAAGGUCGUCCCCCAGGGAAAAAGAAGACUGUUGUUUCCACCAAAGAGGUCGACACAUUGGUCUCUGCUGAAGAGGCUGGGCUUCCUUUGCUUCCUUUAGUAGAAGUUUGCGACUCCUACCCCAAUCCUGGCAAUGGUGAAACAGAAGGAGAUGUGACUGGGAAAGUCAAGAAGACUUACCGACCCCGGUCAAUCCAGAAAUCUUGGUUUGGUCAAUUUUCUUGGUUGAUAAGUGACCCUGAAGAGACCACGCUGUUUUGCUCAGCUUGCAAAGAACGCCCUUCCCUCCAUGACAAAUCUUCCAGAUUAGUUAAAGGGUACACAGGACCUUUCAAAGUGGAGACUUUAAAGUACCACGAGAUCAGCAAAGCCCAUAAGCUUUGUGUCAACACAGCAGAGGUCAAAGAAGAUGCACCCCGGGCUGCCCUUGUUCCGGUGGUGCCAGAAAUUUCUAGUGACUUAAUGGCAAACAUGGAGCACUUUUUUAAUGCUGCCUACUCCAUUGCUUACCAUUCAAGGCCACUGAAUGACUUUGAGAAGGUUCUGCAGCUUCUGCAGAGCACAGGGACCAUGAUCCUAGGCAAGUAUCGAAACCGUACUGCCUGUACCCAGUUCAUUAAGUACAUCUCCGAGACACUGAAGAAGGAGAUCCUGGACAAUGUCCGUCGUUCCCCUUGUGUGAGUGUGCUGUUGGACAGCUCCACAGACUCCUCAGACCAGUCUUGUGUGGGGAUUUACAUAAGAUACUUCAAAGAGAUGGAGGUGAAGGAGUCCUACAUCACACUGGCCCCACUCUACAGUGAGACAGUGGAUGGCUAUUUUGAAACUAUAAUUUCUGCUCUGGAUGAACUGGAUAUACCAUUUCGGAAGCCUGGGUGGGUAGUAGGCCUGGGGACUGAUGGUUCAGCCGUGCUUAGCUGUAAGGGAGGUCUAGUAGAGAAGUUCCAAGAAAUCAUCCCUCGGCUGUUGCCUGUGCAUUGUGUGGCCCACCGUCUCCACCUGGCAGUAGUAGAUGCCUGUGGAAGCAUUGACUUGGUAAAGAAGUGUGAUCGGCACAUUCGGACAGUGUUUAAGUUUUACCAAUCCUCAAACAAAAGGCUGAACGAGUUACAGGUGGGCGCAGCUGCCCUUGAACAAGAAAUUGUACGCCUGAAGGAUUUGAAUGCCAUUAGGUGGGUAGCAAGCAAAAGACGGACACUGAAUGCACUGAUUGUGAGCUGGCCUGCCCUGGCCAGCCACCUGCAGAGCGUGGCGGAAGCUGGGGGCCAGAUUGGGCACAGGGCCAAGGGCAUGCUGAAGCUGAUGAAGAGCUUUCAUUUCAUUAAGUUCUGCCACUUCCUUCUAGACUUCCUAAGCGUCUACCGGCCUGUAUCUGAGGUGUGUCAGAAAGAGAUUGUAUUGAUCACAGAGGUAAAUUCCACAUUGGAGAGGGCUUACCUGGCCUUGGAAACCCUUCUCCACCAUGCAGGGCCCAAAGAGGAAGAGUUCAACACCAGUUUCAAGGAAGGUCAACUCCAUGGCAUUCCCUUAGACAGGAUGGAGAUGGCUGAACAGAGGUUCCAGGCAGACAGAGAGAAGAUGAUUUUAACUGGGAUUGAAUACCUCCAAAGAAGGUUUGAUGUUGAUCGGUCACCCCAGCUCAAGAACAUGGAGGUGUUUGACACUAUGGCCUGGCCAGAUGGCAUUGAACUUGCUAACUUUGGGAACGAUGAGAUACUUAACCUAGCCAAACAUUUUGAGCUCUCCCUCCCACUGGGCUACAGUGAAGAAGGCCUCCUAGAUGAAUGGCUAGGCCUAAAGACCAUUGCCAAGAACCUUCCCUUCUCCAUGCUAUGCAAGAAUGCCUUUUCUCAGCACUCCCGCUUCCCUCUGCUAAGCCAGCUUAUGGCUGUGGUGGUCUGUGUGCCCAUCUCAACUUCUUGCUGUGAGCGUGGCUUCAGUGCCAUGAACCGGAUCAAGACAGAUGAGAGGACCAAGCUCUCCAAUGAGGUCAUAAACAUGCUAAUGAUGACAGCAGUGAAUGGUGUGGCAGUCACUGAGUAUGACCCGCAGCCUGCCAUACAGCAUUGGUACCUGACUUCGUCAGGCCGCCGCUUCAGCCAUGUGUACACUUGUGCCCAAGUGCCACCUCGCUGUGAUGCAGUUACAGAUUCUUCUUUGCCAUCCGAUGCUGAGCUCAGGAAUAACAACAUGGGAACUCUCUAUAUGGAGGAGAUGGUGUCCCAGGAGCCAACCAUGCAAUCCUAUGGGAAGCCUGUCAAGAUACCACAAGAUUAUGUCAGAGACUCAGCUAAUGGACUUAGAUGCCUAACAGCAGCCAAGAGACCCCAGAACUGUCCCAAUGAAGAAAGGAUCCUCCAGGAGCAGGAAAGCCAGAGGCUACCUCAGAGGGCCACCUAACCAACUUCUGGGGAAAAGGCAGGGAUCAUGAAGUCAGGUUUUCUACAGAGAGAUCAUCUGAAAAUUUCCUGUGGGCACUGAUCAGCUGCAUGCUGACCAGAGCCCUGCUCUGAGGAACUCAGGGAGAUGCAGCCCUUGCAGGGCAACAUCCUUCUCACUAGGCUUAGCAGUAUGUCCAUGGCGGGGCAAGUCCUUUGUGUAUUAAUGUGCAGGGAAAUUUUUUUUUUAAUUUCCUACUUUAAAAGCCCCAGGAACUCACCUUGUCAAGAAGGACUUGCCCUCGUAACUGGUAGAGCUUCAAGCACAGGAAAAUCUGUCUGGGUAGAGACUGUUUGGGACCUGAGCACUUUAUUCCCGGGAACCACUGGGAAAUAUGUCCAGGAAGCUGCCUGUUCCCUUGCAUUAUGGGUACUACCACAUUGGUAAAGAAGGAGGGAAGAACUUGGCUCAGAUGGAGGCCAUAGUGUGAGAGAGCAUUGCCUGGUUUAUGGGGCUUCCAAUCUGAGUAUUCUAGGCCACGGGGUUAGGGGCGUCCUCAGUUCCAGGGUGCAUGUAGACAUCCAAUGUGAACCUGAGCCUGGCCAAGGGAGAAUUCUUCCCUACUUCUGGAAAGGCUCCCUUUUAAAUGUCAAUAACCCUUUAGGCCUAAGCACUGGAGAAAGACCAGUCCCCUGCAGGGGGUGGGGCUAGAAUGAGCUAAUGGACUUGUGUAAAAGCUGCAAGUUUGGAAGCAGCAGGGUCUGAUCCUGUCUGCUGGGUGUCCUGGCUCACCCAAGGUUAUUCCCUUUCUCUUGUCUGUGCUAUACCAGGCAUAAGGCUGACUGGCUGGCUGCAGGGGAUUAUGGAACCAUAGUUCUGGUUCUCAUUUUUGACUGGUAUUUCCUUCAGUUGGUAAUGCUUCAAAAUCAACUUUAUGCCACUCCAGUCCAAUUAAAUUUGCUAUGAACAUACCCCUGCAGUGAUGUGGAAGGACUCAUGUCCUCUGAGCAAAAUGAGCAUUUGUAUUAUUCCUAGGAGCAGUUUCUUGCUUGGAGACUUAGGGUUAGAGUUGGGGUGUGGCUAAUGCUGCAUCUCACUUAACCCUUCCUUACCUGUGGAUAGGGCCUCUCUACCUUCCCAAACUUUCCUUCCCGGGAAAUAGGACUAGGGUGAAAGUGAGAUGCAUAUAUGGGCCCUGGACUCAGCUUAUUUCAAAUUAGGAUCAGAACUAGUGCCAAAUCUGAUUAUAAAUACAGGCCAAGGGCAGAAGCCACCUAAAAAUAUAAGAGCCUUCUGUCCACUACAACUUCUGCUGUUGAUUGUAAAGUUCCUUUUAUCCAGAUUGACUGCUCUUUUCGUAAUAGAUUUAUUCCAUAUUCCCAAAAUAUAUGAAGUCUUUCUAAGAACAUCUGCCCUUUGGCAUCUUGUGCCAUGCACUAUGCAGACCCAGUUUUCAUGACCUGACCGAGCCUUUUGUCAGCCAGGAUGGGACCUCCUGUCCCACAUUUCUCUCUUGCAAUCCAAUAAAAAUGCCUCAUUCAACGAGAGGGUUUCAGGAAUUUGAGAUGUAUCUUGUCCCCCAAGCCUGGAGCUGCCUUUUCCAGCAUAACUGGAUUGGGAGCCCCAUUCCUCCCAUCUACCCAUGUUGAUUUAGUGAAUCUGUCUGGGGAGCUUGGGAAUUAUUCUCAGAUGUAUAAAUGGGCUUCUGAGAACUGGGCAUGGAUUGGAGGAAGACAAAAGUGGCUGUCCCAGGUCUGUAUGGUGAGUGAUGGUAGUCAGUAUGUGCCCACUCCCUAGUGGUCAUGAGCUAGCUCCAGGGUGACAUUCCAUAAAAUUCCUUCCAUCCUUGGACUGGAGUCCCAUUCCUGUCCUAUUAUCCUCUGCUCUUUUUUUCUUCACAAACACCUUGCCAACCUUGGUCUUCUAAGUGCCCUAAUCAGGGCAUGAGGUCAGUUUAAUCUUUAAUACUGGACAAGGGGUUUCUCCUCUGUAAGAUGCAUUUGUGAUCAGAGGUGGAAACCAUGCUAAAGAAGCCUGUGAGGGUCUUGUUGGGACCGAUGUCAUUGCUGAAUUCCUAGUUGGAUGCACUUUGAAAGAGGCUGUCCAUUGUUGGCUUUUUGAGCUGGUUGGCUCUCAGACUGUGGUGACUGAAAAUGCCAUUUAUUUAUAAAAAGUAGUGAUUGUAGGUGUACAAUUUAUGUACGCUUCCUCUCUGUGGGGUGGGAAUUACAGAAGGAAGGGGUACCUUUUCUGCUAGAUAUCUUAUAACUCUGUAAUUAACCAAGGGCAAAGAGACCUUUGAUGAAGUUUUUGCUUGAAUAGAAAUUACAGAAUAGAAAGUUCUCUGGCAGAAAUGGUCCUAGGGAAAACCUCAAGGCUAAAAUUUACUCUCAAUAUGACUUUCGUCCUCCAUAUUGGAAAUUGGGCCCAGGAAAUUUAAUUUAGUAGAUAUGGUUCCUCUUGUGUAACAGAUGGCCUAUAUAGGUGGGUAAGGAGGAGACAACAUUUGCCCUGACAUUACAAGCUUAAGGCUUGUAAUCUCAUCCUUAAAGAGACCUCUACCAUCAGUAUCUUUCCAUAUGCAUAUCUCCUUCCGUAUGACUGAUGUCCACUACAGCUGUCAUUCUGAGUAACCAGCAUUCUAACUGGUUGCUCUAAUCAAUAGUCAUAGGAAUUGGGGCUGGGAAGGAGAGGAGUUUCACCACGUCCUUUCUUCUACCUAUCCAUGUGCCAUAAGGGGUGUGGCCACGAUCUGUUUGCCAGCCAUAUUCACUCUUUUCAGUACUAGUGUGUCCUGGCAGAGAGUCCCUUGUUUUAUGAGUGCUUAUCAUCUGGAUAAUAGUAAGGACAGUCAAAACAACCCAGCUUAUGCCAGUGUCUAGUCAGCCUGGAAUCCACAAAAUGGGGGCAUUGGAGGAAGGUGACCUAGUGAUGUCUUUUCCAACUUAUCCUUAUUUCAGAUCUGUGCAGAAUUUUGUUGUUUUUUAAAAAAACACAUUUGAUUCUUAAUCUUUUGCUAUCUGAAUAAAGCAGAGUUUUGUUUCAGUGUCUGCUUCAGCCCUGUGCUUCCCAUGGGCAAAGACUCUGGGGGAUGUGGAAGCUGGUUAGAGUUAAAAACUAUUUUUCUUCAUUUCAAGAGGCAGAAGGACCAAGAGAGAGAUGGUGAGAGGAUAUGCACGUCUCUCAGGUCUAGCCUCAUCUUUCAAGCCUUUCUCUGACUCUUUAAAGAGAGUUAAUUGUUUUGUCGAGAUGAGUAUAGUGGGAAGAGCCUGGGCUUGGAGUCAGGAAGCACAAGUUCCCAGCUGGGUUCCGCCACUUGGUAGUCAUGUCACCCAUCUGAAGCUCAGUUUCUCAUUGUAAAAUGGGAAUAGUAAUAAUACUAUCUCCCCUCCUCCCUCCCUCCCUCCCCUUGUCCUCUGUACCAGGCUUGUGAGAGAAGCACUUUAUAAAGAAUAGAGUUCUAUGGAAGCAUGAACUAUUAUGAUGAGAAGACAGAAACAGGUAUGUGCUUUAGGUUCUGAGAAUGCAGUGAUUAAUCAGGGAGGUGGUCUAGCUUCCCAGUAAAAACUCCAUUUCCACCAUUGUUGAAGGCUGACAAGCCAGCUUUCUAAAGCCCAGGGCCCAGCCCAUUCAAGAAAAGAGUUCCUUGGCUUGCUGCACCUAUAGAGGGAAAGAGCCUCCAUGGCUCCACUUAUAAGGGGCAGGAUUUUCUCUGGAGGAAAGAGCAAGGAUCCUGAGAGGGGUGAGUUGUGGAGAGUUCUGUGGAGCUUGGUCUCUCUCUGUGGAGAGCAGGCCAUACUGCUUGGGGCCAGCUUCUUUGCUUAUAUGCAGACAAAGCCUUGUUUCAUCACGUUUUCAUUUUUGAGCUGUGCUUUGGAGGGUUAGGGGAGACACUGAUUUGUCAGGAUGCAGUGUGUCUUCGUGAGCUGAUUUUUAUAAUUCACAUGGCAUACUUGGGUAUGAUGUUGCAGGUGUGUGUUUUCUCAGGGUGAAAUGUGACAGAAAAAAACCCUCCUUGGCCAGCCCCUCUCCUCCAUUGAACUUUUAACAAGAAAGCAGAAAGGCUAUACAGUAGACUUUAGUUAAUAAAAAACAUUUCUUCUACUUCAGAGUCCCCUCAAAUGGAAAUUACAGUGACCCCUAGUACAUAAUAAAGUAGCCCAGCUCCUUCACCAAGAGGGGCAAACCUGGCUAGUUCUGAUGAUCAUUUCUGUUCCUGUCCCCACCAGCCAAGCAAAGCACCUGACUGUGGGGGUGGGGAGGAGAUAGAAUGGAAUCAUAGGCAACCAAGGGUUGGUCAGGAGAGGCUUCUUCCUUGGGUGGCAGUGAUGAGCUAUGACAAUGGCUAGAUGCACACCCCUAACCAGAAAGAGGGUUGUUUUCUCAUGAGAGUACCGCUUUGUGAGAACCAGGAGAAUUCCCAGGAAGGGAGGCAGGAGCAACUCUCCAUCCACAAGAAGGAAAAGAUGGAGGUGAGUGAGAUAAUUCCACCACUCCCCUGACAUUUCACGGGAGCAGGAGGAAGAAGAAUGUUACAUCAGGGCCUAGGCUGGAAGGAAGGGAGUCCUUAGAGAAGGAGUUGAAAACUUGAGUGAUUGUAACAUUAAAGAUGUGAUGAAAAGCAAUCUGUUGAAAAACGACUGAAAGUGUGCCUGUAGGUACCCUUGGGGUUGAAAUAGGGGAAAGAAGUUCAUUGAGUUAUCACCCCCUUCCACCUCCACGAUCCCAGUCUUUAAUAAAUGAUUACUCCUUUCCCCACUUAUGUACCCACAGCAACUUCAGGGACUGUUUUGUGUACCAUCUGAGUAUGGCUGUAUAUCUGAUUUACAAAAGAGCUGAAAAUACAUGGAUUAGCCUCAGGGACUGUAAAAAUGAGGAGAUUCAGUGGCAACAGAAGUAGAGGUCAGACGCAAGGAAGACCUUUGUGCAAAGGACUUGGCCAAAGAGGUGUGAGUGGGGUCCUACCUAGAAGAACGGGUCAGGUGUGGCUGGCCUUCCAGUUGUGGUUUAUGGGAUUAGAAAGCCCAUCUACGGCCUCUGGUGCCCCAUUAUAGGUGAAUUCAGCCUGGCUAUAGCUCUUCCCUUUCCAGGUUCAAGAAGCUCCGUACCCACAGUAAGUAAUGGGACUUGCCUUGAGUCCCCUCUAAGGGAGUCAAACUAACCUGGUUUGGUUUUGUCGGCAGUAGGGUAGGAAGGACCAACACCUCUUUCUUAUGGAAAGAGCUGUUCCAUUUUUAUUUCCCAGUAGGAACAAGAGAAUGAGAGGAACUAGAUCCUGAACUGCAUUGACUGAGUCCAAAGGUUAUGUGUUGAGUAAUGUAUAUGUUUGUCUCUGUCUGUGUGUAUGUAUGUCUAUAUAUGUUUGUCUCUGUGUAGGUCCAUACGGGUGUGGGAGAGUGUUGAGGAGGAGGGAAAACCCAAUUUCUACCUCUUUUUAAAAAUUUUAUUUUUCUAUGAACAAGGCUUUCAUUUUCCCUCCUGCCCGCAGUUUAAAAGAAAAAAGAAAACCUUAUAACAAGUAUACAUAGUUAAGCAAACAAAUUCAGUCUUACCUUUAGUUAGAAUUGAUAGCCUUUUAUGUGGUAUGAUUUGGGGGAAAACACCUCUCGAAAUAUUGCCAAAAAACCCCAAAAUUCAUGUUAGCUUGCCUCAGUGCCUGAUGUUUUACCAUUAAAGUCAAGGACUAAGGUAUUGAAAA